AUAGCCCUGCAUCCAGCAGUCAAUUCAUUCUGAGUGAGUGCUGAGCACUGAGCCUAGGACUCCCUGAGAGAGUGCAGUCUGCAGCCAGACACUGUCCACCCUGGAAGCAGAGGGACACACAGACAUGGAGCUUUUCUCCGGGUCAUUCGAUAUCUUUGAUGAUAACAGUACAGAUCUAAAUGCUACUGAUGACUUCUUGGAUCUUCUAGGUCCAUGCUUCACCCAAGAGAACAAUGAUUUCAACCGAAUAUUCCUUCCCACCGUCUACUCCUUAAUCUUCCUUCUUGGAAUUAUCGGCAAUGGACUGGUGGUGCUGGUCAUGGGCUAUCAAAAGAAGUCCAGGACCAUGACUGAUAAGUACCGGUUGCACCUUUCUGUCGCGGACCUGCUUUUUGUGUUCACCCUUCCGUUCUGGUCUGUGGACGCUGCCAUUGGUUGGUACUUUAAAGAAUUCUUGUGUAAAGCCGUCCAUGUCAUUUACACAGUCAACCUCUACAGCAGCGUCUUAAUUUUGGCCUUUAUCAGCUUGGAUCGGUACUUGGCGAUUGUCCAUGCCACCAACAGCCAAGGAUCUAGGAAACUGUUGGCAGAGAAAAUUGUGUAUGCUGGUGUGUGGCUUCCAGCUAUUUUGUUGACCGUGCCCGACGUUGUAUUUGCCAGCGUGUCGGACAUUGAAGGCAACUUUGUGUGUGACCGCAUCUACCCAGUGGAGAACAGAGGACACUGGACCAUUGGCUUCCGUUUCCUCCACAUCACAGUUGGACUUGUCUUGCCCGGACUCAUCAUUUUAACUUGCUACUGCGUCAUCAUUUCCAGGUUGUCCCAUUCAAAGGGCCAUCAAAAACGUAAAGCCUUGAAGACGACUGUGAUUCUCAUCCUGGCAUUCUUCGCCUGUUGGCUCCCGUACUAUAUCUGCCUUACCAUCGACACCUUUGGUUUACUUGGACUCUUGAAGUUUGAUUGUUACAUGGAUAAUAUGCUUCACAAGUGGAUCUCCAUCACAGAAGCUUUGGCCUUCUUCCACUGCUGCCUCAACCCCAUCUUAUACGCCUUCCUUGGGGCCAAAUUCAAGACCUCUGCCCAAAAUGCCUUUACAUCCGUCAGCAGAGGAUCCAGUUUAAAAAUACUUUCCAAAAAGCGUGCUGGACUUUCAUCCGUCUCAACAGAGUCAGAAUCCUCCAGUUUCCAUUCAAGCUAACAGUGUCUGGAGGACAAGGACUUUUUUUUUGUAAUAUGUGUAUAUAGAUAUUUCAUAUUGACCGAGAGGUGUAUAAACCCUAUUUAUGCAAAAUUUUUCCCUCUUUUUGUACCUUUAUCGUAGGCCGGGCCUAAGGACUAUUGAUUGGUUCACAAUAAACUUGCUGUAUUUGUCCAUUACAUUGCCAAAUUUAUUGUCUCUGUACAGAGACCCCUCCAGCAUUUCAUGAAUAUGACACUGAUGCUUUUAUAGUAUUGUUCUGAACAAAGGGCAAAUCUGCCCGAUACCCCCCUAAACUCCAAUACCCAUCCCUAUAACUGUAUAUAUGUACAGAGGCAACAUUACUGUCUUGUGGCUAUUUAUUAUGUGUGUACGUAGGACAUAAAGGACGUAGUACAAGGCAGUAAGAGUCUUGUUUUAUUGUAAGCGGGCAACAAGGAUCUGUGCCAAUGUAAGAUCUUAUUUUAGGUUCCAUAUAGUAGUGUAGAGGAAAAUGGGCAUUAUGAAAUAUUAUGAGUUCACAUAGGUAUACAUACAAAAGGGGGUCCUGUAGCAAAAAUCUAAUUGGACUUCCCCAUCACACCAACCAUAUCCAGGACAGCACUUGACACCAUCUCUAUUCCCUUGGACCAAGGAAACCUUAAGUUGCUUGCCUCAUCCUAUGUUAUGGUGCUUACCGAGAGGGUAAACGCAGCUCAAGUUGACAUCACCCAUUAGGAAGCAGAUUAGGUCCCUUGGGUUGGUCUUGGUCCCUUGAACCCCUUGUUGGGUGACAACCCUGUAUAGUUCCAUAUACCUUGGUAAACCAUCCAACCUCAUAGAUCUCCUCAGGAACUGUAACGUUGGACCAAUUAGAUGUCUUUCACAUCAAUAGCAUGGCCACCAAGUCCAAGACAUAGUAAUACUAAUGUUACUGAACCCCCCUUACCCCCUCAUUAACGGAUAUGGUGAUCUCCUCCUAUUGAUACUGGGGGACUGUGCCGAAGGACCACUGUGGAUGUACUGCGCCAUGUUGUAUGUCAUUGCACUUACCCGAUAUGAUAUGACUGUUAACCUAGGUCUUCUUAUGUUUCUGUUUCAGUGCUGCCGUCCUUACAAGCCAUAUACUGAACAAUGUACAGAGUGUUUCUUAAUAAAUUCUUAAGAAAUGGAA